GCAAUGUCGGACGUGUGCUGGUUUACUUACGCUCUGCCUACGGUGGGAGAAUAGUAUAUAAGAACACCAGGUACGCCAUAGCUCGCAGUGAUUCAGUGCCUGACCACUCAACGCAGAGGCGUCGUUCAAACCUCCAAGUCAAACUCAGGCCAUUAUGAAGACAACGACUCUCCUGCUGUUGAUGGUAGCUCUCGUAGCAUCGUCCGUCAACGCGGGCUACCACUACGGAGGCUACGGCGGUGGAGGCUACGGAGGCGGAGGCUAUGGCGGUGGAGGUUACGGCGGCGGUGGCGGUGGUUACGGUCGCGGUCAUGGCGGAUAUGGCAAGGUCAUCGUCCUUCACGGUCAUGGUGGAUACGGCGGCGGUGGUUACGGUGGCGGAUACGGAGGUGGAUAUGGCGGGGGUUACGGUGGGCACGGGUGGUGGUAGGCGAGCCAGGCCCAGCUGAAUGCUCUCUCAUCUGUGCAAGGCCGCAGUUCCAAGUUUCCGGUUCACGGUAAUGGUGUGUACAAAUGACUUUGCGUGAAUACAGCGGUUCAAGUGGCGCCGUACAUUUUAAAUAAAGAACUAUUUCUAAGAAAC